GCUGCUGUUGCGCGGAGUGUGUUGGUGCCCUGCUGGUGUUUGUGGAGUAGGGGAGGAGAGACCAGAGCUCGCUCUGCCUGGAUCCUCCUUCCAGAUGUAGCCUUCCUCGGAGACAGCGGCAGGACGUUCCGCCUGAGCAGCACCUAAAGGCAACGCUGUUCAGACAGAUUCUGAAUUUAAGAACGGAAGGAAUAACAUCAUCACAGCCUGGCUCAAUAUGCCAACCGUUUUAUGGAAAACCAUCUUUGAACAUUAGGGUUUUUCCAUUUAUUAUUUCAAAAUGUCGGAACUCAGCCCUACAUCUGGAUUAACAUCAAAUAUGGAAAAUGGAACUUUUCUGGAGCUGUAUCCCACAUCUCUUUCAACAUCCAUGGAUUCAUCGUCUGGACGCAUGUCUAAUGUCUAUGUCUAUGUUUCAAUAUUUCUCAGCCUCUUGGCAUUUCUCCUUUUGCUGCUAAUCAUUGCACUUCAGAGGCUGAAGAACAUCAUUUCCUCCAGUUCUUCCUACCCAGAAUACACCAGUGAUGCUGGAAGUUCCUUCACUAACUUAGAAGUCUGUAGUAUUUCUUCCCAGCGGUCUGCUUUUUCAAACCUUUCCUCGUGAAAAGAAAUGAAAGGGAAUAUUAUGGGAAUGAAACAACUUUGUCUAACUCUUGAGGGGAACUUAUGCAUGCAGUAUUUACCUUGGCAGACUAUUAGUCAUAAAUGAGGUGAUUUCUAAUAUUUACUUUGAUUUUUCUGUCUCUUUUUAGUCUCCAUUUCCCUUUUUUAAAAUUAAAGAUGCUUUUCAUCUUUGAGCACAAAAAUUGACAUCUGAUUGUAGCUUCCUGCCCAUAAUAGUGUAGCAGCCUUAGAGAGAUUUCCAGCCUGUUCUAAAGAUGGUGCAGGUAUUAAAACCGAUCCUUGGUCCAAACUGAUCAUGCUUAUCCCAGUUUGUCACCCAAGUUACAACAAUGUUUACUGAAUUCAACACCAACUGCUAUUUGUAGAAAUACUGUAUCAGUUUAAUACAGAAUAAACUUGACUUAUUAAAAGUUAUUGGCCUGGGCAUUGAUGUUUUUAGAGUGAUGUAGUUUCAGGAGUUAAAGUAAUUUUAAGAAAAAAACAUUAAUAUACAUUUUAGUUGAGAUUCAUUUGUACAUUUUCCUGUAUAUAGACACCAAUCCAUAUUGUCUGACAUGCUUGUUUUAUUUUAAGCUAAUGACUCCAAUAAAUAUGUACAUUCGUUCA